UCAUAGAAUAUUUUGUAAUUUUUAAUAGGAACGAUACUAUUGCCUUGGAAAUGCAUCAUCCGUUUAUUAUUCAUGUGACUAUACUACAAUACUUUUCUUUAUUUCGUGGGACUGCGUUAUUAUUGCCAUUGAAAUUGUUGUUAUGUACGCAGUGUCCAAGGCAGAAAAAGCAUAUCUUUUGGAUACUAUUGAAACUGGAACUCGUCUUGACGGAAGACAGUUGUUUGAAUAUCGUCCCAUUUCUUUGCAAGUUGGUGUGUUGCCUUCAGCUUCGGGAUCUUCAAGACUUCGGCUGGGUGAAACAGAAGUUCUUGUAGGUGUUAAAGUGGAAGUCGGAGAUGUCGUUGAAAGUUCUAACGACAACGUUCAACUUCUUUUUACUGUGGAGUGUUCAGGAAGUGCUAGUGCAGAUUUCCUAGGAAGAGAAGCUGAAAGUUGGAGUUCAGAACUACAGAAUGCUUUGGAAAGUGCUUAUCGUGCAGCAAACGUUUUCGAUGACGAGAGGUUAUCACUCGUGCCUGGAAAGUUUUGUUGGCUUUUCAAGGUUGAUAUCCUUGUUUUGGAUACUGGAGGUAAUAUGAUGGAUGCUAUUAGUAUGGCAACUAGGACUGCUUUGUCUACGACACUUGUUCCACGUGUACAUAUUGUACAAAGUGAAGGCAGUUUUGAGCUGGAAAUAGACGACAAUCCAGAUGCCUGUGACACUUUGAAAGUAGAAAAAGCUCCUACUUUUCUUACGUUUUCUCUCAUUGGAAAUCAUUUUGUAUUGGAUCCAAGCAUACAAGAGGAGACUUGUGCAAGAGGGAAACUUUCUGUGGCUGUAGACGCAAAUGGGGAUAUUUGUCAUGUAUAUUCUUUUGGUUUACUGGAUGCAGUCGAACUCAGUAGGUUACUAACAAUCAUUAAAAAGACUGGAAAAGUGCUGCUUAACCGCCUUGAUGAAUGUGUCAAAAAUGGCGAAUCUAGUUAGUUGAAUAGUGUAUAUUCUAUUGCUUCGUGAUAUUCUUCAAGGAAAUGUUCAAGUAUAGAGCAUAAGAUUCUUAGUUCGCAUCUUGAAAUAAAAAUACUCCGAGGGAG